AUGCUCAUUUUAAGUUAUCGUCUCUCCAAAUGCAACGCUAUAACUAAUACGAGUUUCAAUGCUAGUGAUCGAAUAUAUGCAGUGAAUAAUGCAAGUAAUUUAAAAUAUGUAAAAACUUUACAAAAGGAGGAAAUAGGCAAACGCACAUUCUUCAUACCGGCUGGCAAGCCAGCUCCUUACAAGGAAGUCCCCGACAAUACCCACUCAGGAACAAGCGACAGCCACAGUCGAGGUUUGCUGUACAACGAACAUCAAGGUUACGGUCUGAACGAUUAUGAAGAAGGUUCGCAUUAUUCAUAUGGACACGACUACCAGUUCCAAGAGCAUCAUCAGAAGCCCCAUAGUCCACAUGUCUACGAGCAUCAUGACUAUGAACAGCAUCACUAUCCAGGCCAUCACAAUUAUGACCACGGGCAUUAUAAAUAUGAAAAACAUGUAUUAGCGGCGAAAGCAGCACUUUGGCCUUUGGCCGGUAUCGCUUUAUUGGGCGCGGCUGCCCUAGCAGUAAGUAACCCCGUUCUUCUACAACUUGGUGUAGUUUCUGGUAAACGUCGAAAGAGAGAUACAGAAGAAAUCACUGGACCUGACUAUGUUAUAAACUCAUUACAAAAAUUUAAAGAAAAGAACCAGACCAAUUCUAUAAUUGAGAAGCAAAAAUACGAUAAUUUGAAAAGAUUAAGGACAAAAACUGAUAAUAUAGCUACAGGAAAAGGAUCAAGUGAAAAGUUUAAAAGAAGAAUUAUAUCAAUAAAUAAUGUCAAAGAUAAAACAAAAGUUAAAGGACUGCUUUCUUCAACGAAAUCCUAUAUUGAUCAAUCAACCAAGUCUCCAAGGCGGUACGACAAGAGCUAUGAAGAUGAUAGGUUUAUUCCCAUUAAGUUAAGAUCACCUAAAUUCGGUCAUAAUUAA